GAAUGAUGUGGCCAUUCUUCGUCUUGCGGCCGCUGGGCAGUGGGUGCUCGGAGAUGUCGUAACGUGUAGGUCAGCAGAGUUGUCCAGUGUGCGCUUGCAGCACGAGGUUGUAGAGGUGGCGCGGGGCCGCGUGGUCGUGAAAGAGUUCUGCGAUGCUGCCGAUCCUGCCCAAGCAGUGCACCGCGCCAGGGCCAAGGCCGCUGAGGCUGCGUCUGUUUCUGAAAGCAGGACGCUUAGCUGGAUGUCAGCGCAGUCGCAGCCGCUCGCUCGAAGAUCGCUGAAGCCAGCAGCUGCAGAGCUGCAUGAAAAACGCUUUCCGGGUCACCGGGUGCUGCCUCGCGCAGACCGUCAGCGCUUUGAGUUUACACUAGAUGUGCCUUGCCCCCAAAUUUGGGAUAUGACCCCGUGGCGGUGCCGCAGCUGCGACUCCGAGACUUGGCAGGUGACACCUGCCGACAUGGAUGCCGAGUGCUCUCGUUUGGGCCUAGGCGCAGUGAUUCGCUGCGAGGAUACUAGGCACGGCAAGGUGUCUGCCUCUCCCUUGCUUCUGUUUUGGCUGCUCUUCAUGUUGUACAGCAACUUGAAUUUGCAUGCAGUGCGAAGGAAGCUACUGGAUCUGUAUUCAGCCUCCGUGCUGCAUGCCGCCCAGAUGACUCCGUCCCUUUCAGAAGCAGCGCAACUACGUUGGAUUUUGAUGUGCGUCCCAGACCACCAUGCCAUUAAGGCGGCAUCUGGCGCCACGGCCGCAGACUUGGCCGUCACGCACGCAGCUCAGGAGUUAUUGCGCGCGUGUGUGAAAGAAUCGGCGGCAAAAGUGGCAGAGGCGGUGGCGAGUGCACCUGCAGAAGCGCAGGAGCUGCGUGCGCUGCUUGCUUGCGAGAACGGUCAGGACCACGAGGUUUGGCCCGCCCUUUUCAAAGCCGCUCCUCCGCAUGGCGUGCUUGCGCGCACAGCGAGGCUGCUGGGGGCAACGCUGCCGGCCAAGCAUGGGUACUACAAUUAUCAGAGCAAGGAAGACUUUCUCGAUGAGGUUCGGCGCAUGGAAGCGUGGCUGCAAGGCCUCAUGCGCUGGCGGGAAGCUGCUUUAGCGCUGCACGCAGCAGGCAUUGAGUCGCACUCUGGGACAGUCCCUGUUGAGCGGCUGUGGGCGAACAUCGGCAGGUUCAUUCCAAAGGAAGCAACGAACAUCAGUGAGGCUUGGUGGUCUUUCCUAUCCAACCUGGCAUUCUUGCGAUUCAAUUACCGCCACUUCCACAAACAUGGAUUGCCCGGCUGGGCCCGGGAAGACACGCUGGUGCACGAACAGGUAGAAGGCGUCAUGAAGUUGGCGGAGGCAGUCUUGUUCGGAGGCGAGGAGUCGUUGGCCGUGGAGCUGGGCGCUUGGGCAACUAGCAUGGGCUGCGGUCAGCCAAGUCUAGCGUCUUCAGGGCAAGAUGAUGUGGAGGCGGAAGCCGCGAGCACGCCAGACUUGUACUGCCGAGUGCUAAAGCCAAUGUGGUGCCGCGCCUUGGCGAGCGGAGAAAAGAUGUUUGAGGCCCAGAGCUACAGGGAGAAAAAAGGCAACGCCAUGAAAUUCGCCAAAGCUGGAGUGUGGGUUUUGUUUGGAGAAAGCGGCUCGGAGCAAGUGGCUGGGGCUGCUGUGCUGGCAGGCCCAGCAAUGCGAAAUAUCAAGCUCGCCGAGAUCCAGGGCCGUGUGGGCUCUUUGCCUCAGCACUUGCAGGCCCCUUUCUCCGAGUACAUAGCAGGGGCAGUUAAGGUUGAUUUGGUUGACGUGCAGAUCGUCUAUGACCUGAGGAUGAAGCAGCUUGGCAGCGGUUCCGCGAACUCGUGGCAGACGCUCAAGUGGUACGACCGACCAACGCGAUCGCACGGCAAGUGCCUGCGAAUACUCAGCAAUGCUCGAGAGCCCCGAGUCGCCAAGUGGUACGAGCGACCAACGCGAUCGCACGGCAAGUGCCUGCGAAUACUCAGCAAGUCGCCCGACGCAUUCUCUUCGCAGCGCUCGCCUGGCGCGCCCAAGAUGGAGGAUCAGCAUUUUGGACUCAGAUUCCAAGAUUCUGCAGCAGCUGGCGCGAAGUGGAUCGCUGCAAACCAGCACGCUGAUCACAUGCAAAACCUUCUCAACAGCCUGGGGGUGGCCAAUGAUGAGUUAGCCGCGCGCAAGCUCCUCUUCUCGGACAACUUUGCUACCGGGAUGGGUACAGCCAAAGACACGGCUUCUACCGUUAAGGACUGGCUGCGCAUGGUGGCAGACGAAGAGCGUGGUCACAGAGUUGUCAGUUCUGACAUAUCCUUCGACCUGAGGCGCUGCCUGCCCGCGCCUUUCAUGCAAGCAGUGAAGAGCCUUAGCGAAGGGAACGGCUUGCACGACGAAGCCUUGGCCUGGUGCUUCUAUGCUAACAUAGCAUUUCUAGAGCACCAUGGCCGACGUGUUGGCCACAAGUCAGGAGAGCACACUGAGGCGCCCAACAUCCCAGUGCUAGUGGGAGGUCCCCCGUCUUCAAGGAAGACUUGCUUGAUAGCCAUGACGACCGACUUCAUGUUGCAAGCGCCCGAAGCGCCCCAGUUGAUGCAAAAGCGGGAGUGCAUCAUCGCUGAUGCCACCGUCGCUGGCAUCCGCUCAGCAAUCUUCAAUUACAACAGAGCUGCGGUUGUCGCAGAUGAGGCUUCCAACGUCUACGAAACUCCUUGGUCAGAGAAGGGGUCUGGGGGAAUCCAUUAUUUGAGCAAGGCGAAAAUGAACACCUAUGUUCUCAGUGAAGCCGAUGACCAAGCCACAGGGCGAGGGCAAGUGCAUUUGGGGUCCACACAUCACCCAUAUCUCUUUCUUCACAAGGUGGCAGGCCAAACCGAGAUCAUCGAGUUCAUUGCGCAGCCUGUUGCGCACGGCUUCAACAAGCGCUUCAACCUUGUCUUUGCGCCAGAAAGGUCCCCGGAGUCGGCUGAAGUCCACACUGCUAGCGCGAAGGCCUUCUUCACACAGCUACACACUUGGCUGUACAAGAAUGCUUGGGGCACGGAAGGCAACCACUACUUGGACGGCUACGCGUUGACCUGCUACCAGAGUGUCAAGCAGGCAGUGGAAGACUUUAUGGAAGAGAGAGGCAGCCAGCUUACCAAGGAUGCGUGUCGCAAAGUCCGGUUCUGGUCCACCGACGUGCUACGCCUUGCCCAUGCAAACAUGCGGAUUUGUCAGUUCUCAGUGGUAGAGUACGGGGGCAAAGACGUGGCUCGAACAGAGGCAGCCAGAACCCAGCCAAACGUCUAUGAGUUCAUUUUGGCGGUGAACAUGUGGCUCCGGCAGCUGCAUGUGCACUUCAGCUUCUACAAGUGGUUCCGGCACAUGUCAGAUCAGAGGCCGGGCGGCUCUACUAAGGAUCUCACUGCUGCCAUGGAAAGAGCUGACGACGGUGAAGAGCGCAGCCGACUCAAGGCUAACUUGUCGGCCGAAGAUCGCCUGAGGCACGAGAUUUUGGCGCACGAAAAGGCCGCGGUUGGUGCAAAGAUUGCCAGUGACCAAGUCAGGCUGUGGCUCCGCAACCAAAUCUGGUUCAAGAAGCAGCGCGUCACAGCCGACCAGAUCAAAACUGCCCUGGCAGAUUUGCACAAAGCUGGCUUGAUGGAUUCUGACAGCUCCCCUGAGGCGGACACACAGUCUCCACUUGCCAAUGUUGCGGAGGCAAAGCGCAAAACUAAGAAAGGCAUCAAGCCGGUGGUGUACAUUAAAGAAGUCUGCUCGGGAGAUUGGAGGGCCUGGGCAGCGGCCCGCCGCCGUGUGGAAGCGUGGACACUUGCCGACAGAUCCGACAAGGACCGACAGCGCUGGAAAGAGACCGCGCUAUGCAACUUGCGCGAGGUCACGGCAGAGUUCUUCGCGCUACGUGCUUUCCUGGGAGCAGACCGAAGCCAGGAUGACCUGCACACGCUCACAAUGGUCGCUGCGGCGCUGGCGUCGUGUUCUGUGUUUGAGCGCCGGGUGGUGGUGGCUGCUCGCCCAAAUCUUGUACAUGUGCGGUUGGCAGACCGGCCACAGAGCUUUGCAGAUCAGGUUGUGGCUCGCUGGGGCACGCAUUGGCGCAGUCAAGCUGAGCACUGGCGCGCAAAGCUCGCCGUUGCUGUGGAGCAGGACGUCGCCUUGGAGAGGGAUCCCGUUUAUGGAGUGAUCUUUGAUGUAGAUCUUGCACGGCAUGGCUGGCCUGUCGAAAUUCCUCAGGCCAUUCGGGUACCGGCGUCUGUCGCAAUAGACACUGGCCACAGGAACUACUACGUCUCCAUGUGGGUAGUUCCGGAUGGCGCUGCGGGGUGGCCCGAACAUCCUCAGCUCUGCCGCCAAGCAGCGCCUGGUUCUCGGCUGUACCGGUCCGCUUGGAGUGUUUUCCGGGCGCCAACGUUGCCCAAUGACCUGCCCAGCACGCUCACUUGGUCGGACAUCUUGGAAGAUUCCAGGUUCGAGACCUUGAGAACUGAAUUGCGCAAAUGUGCGGAAUGCGCAUUGCAGUGCCUUGAGAACAAUUUGGCCGAAGUUGACAGGUUGCCCGGCAACAAGGCCAACAUCAAAAACAAUUGGAGGCGGAAAUGCAACGCCGUCAUCGGCCAAACGCACGGGCUGAGCAGCGCCCGCUUGCGCUUGGAUGAAUGGACUCGGCACAUCCCUGCCGGGCACAGCUACGCUGGCACAAGGAUGACAUGGCAAGAGUUCGUCGCGGCCUCUCCAUUGUGCCCUCUGUUGACCCUGAAGCCGCAGCACGGUCAAGCUCUCACCGCCGCGCCAGGCCUUCUAAAGGCGGCAGUCUGGAGAGCUCUUCACUACAGCGCUGUAUGGCAGAUGAUGGCUCAGCCUGUCCUGGGACACUUCGUCGGGGUUGUUGGUCACCCAAGCAAGCUUGGCCAGCCCGUGUGGGGAGACUUCCGAGAACUUCAGCGCGCAAAAGCUUCAACCCGCUACUGCGCCUUUUGGAUGGCCAAGCUGGACAACCCUGCGCUGUGUCGGAACUAUCGCGAUCUCUGGCAGCCGGAGUUCCGCGCCAGCACCCAAGACCUUGAAGUUUUCUGGAAUGCUGGGCGGCGCGUUGCUGGUCUGUCUGGUAGCGGGGAUUACCGUAGUGUAACCCUGCACGUGGGCAACCAGGAUCCCCUGCCCCCAGAGCUGCAGUUCCGAACCGGCGACCAGGUCUACCUGAUCGCCUUUGCCUCCUUGCACCAGGUGGCAUUCAUACACGAGAGCUUGCAGAAUGGGUUCCGGCGAUGCGAAUCGGCUGCUGGCCUGCAAGUGCCCUACACAGUGCUGCAGAUCCUCGGCAAGUCGAGCGCAGAGUGCCCCAACGUCCUUGACGCCUUAGGCGUUGCUGUGCCUGAGGGCUUGGAUGAAGAGCAGCGCGCAGUGGCGCAUGCCAUACUGCGUGGUCCUGGUUGCCUACAUUCAGUGUGGUCUCCUGCGGGCGGUGGCAAGUCCUAUGUGCUCUCCGCACUUCUGGGACAAUGGUCCCUGCGCAGCAGUGAGCAGGCGCUGUCUUUCUUCAUCACUGGACGAAAGAAGCACCGUUCGACUGCCUUAGCCUCACUUCGCGGCUUUCUGCCAGAGAGCGAGGUGUGGAUUGUGGAGGGCGCGGAAGAAGAGGCCAACGCUUCCUUGCACUUGCAAGCGCACGCGGCCGAGGCGGUGCGCUGUCGACUUGCAGCUGUGCUGGCUCGCAUUGACAAGCUCGACGAGCGCAUUGACUCGGUGGGCGCCGCAGAGGCAGCUGCGUUGCCGCUGCACGCCGAACGGGUGCAAACCCUUUUCGUGGACUACCUGUGGCGCAAGUACGAGGAGACAUCGAAAGCGCUACGCGAGGUGAAGGUUGCGGUGCUCACCGCUGAUAUGGCGCGAAAAUGCCUCUCGAACACGCCCAGCUGGCUGCGAGAUCGACAGCUGGACGUGCUCGUCCAUGACGAGAUCGAGAACGCCGAGCUCCUGGAGGUGCUAUCGCUCGGAAUCCAUUUCAAGAGUGUCAUCACUGCGGGAGACAACCACCAACGAUUGGAGAAGCCAAGGGCAAGGCCCCUUCUUCCAGCAAGUGAUACCGACUGCGGCCCCUCAAAUGAGUUCAACAACGCGCACCUGCCACCUUCCUAUUGCGCGGUGUCUGACUUCCUGGAAGCCUGCGCGAACAACGUCCAAAUCAAGUCAACGUGCCGUUUUGGCCGCGAUGUCGCCCGUCUCCUCACGGCAGCUGAGCUUUACAAGGAUGAUGAACUGCGAUGCCGUAGCGGACACGCUACAGCUGUGCACCUGAUGGGCUUGGAAGGGAGCCUGUGGGAGACAACGCAGCAGCCUGCAGAGCCGGGGAGUGUAAGCUGCGUCUUCGGGCAUUUCCUGUUCCAGACGUUUGCAGCGGUUGUCUUGGCCUGGCUGCACCAGGACAGUGACAGCACCAUAGCCGUGCUCUUUCUGUACCGGGCCAGCGUCGACAUCUUUGCCUGCUGGAUGGAGCGGCUUUCAGAAGAGCACCGCGCGCGAGUAGUUGUCGGCACGCCUGAUUCCGUGCAGGGAGACACGUACGACAAGGUGGUGGCUCUGUGCCUGCAGCGCCGCUUUCCUCACGAGAAGUUCCAGUCGCUGAUCACAGACGUGCUUCGCGUGGAUGAGGAGAUGCUGGGCAAGGUCUUAGCCAGGCUGGGACUUGAGGACCCGGCGAACCUAUGGCCCCUGGGCGGGUGGCCAUGCGAUCGGCGUGACCCGCAAUGCGGGCAUGAGGCAGCUUCGGACUUCAUGAGCCGGCCUGAUCUGUGGCUGCGGCGGUGGCAAAGCAUGGACUGGCACUAUGCGCCAAGAGCUGUGCCAGGACUGUGGGAGCCCGAAGGCGGGGGUGCAGCUGGCUUUGCUCGACCCCUGCUAGUGCCUCUUCUGCCACUGGUGUGCUACGCGCACCACGCUGCGUUCGUGCCAGUCAGCUUCGUGCUGCCAGGGGAGGCGGUUUCCUACGAGGAACAUGGCCUGGCGGACAUCAUGCAUGACCUCUGCUCCAAAACAGCGCAGAGCUGUGGCGACGUCGAGCACGUCACCCGGCACCACAAACUGCGGGCUGAGGAUGUCGGCGGAGCCACGUAUUACGCCCAGGCCUGCGCCAGCGUGCGCACGGCGCACAUCCUCUUGGCCAACGGGCAGUUGGCGCUGAAGGUCUACCACGGAUGUGGGACCGACCUUCAGAGGGGCGAUGUGGCAAGCCUUGUGGUCUGCAGCAACAGGCUGGACAUCCUGGCGCAAUUUUUGCGCUGGCUGCUGGCCCUGUCUGACCAAGUAAUUCAUUUCGUGGCCCAGAGCAAUACGUUCAGGGCGCACGAAAACUUGGGCGCGCUGAUGCACCCCGCGCUUCAGUGGCAGCAGCUGGAGCCUGGCGUCGCCCCCCGCCACAGCGUCGCAGCGUCGCAGCGCCGCCGCCCUCGCCGCAGCGUCGCAGCGUCGCAGCGUCGCAGCGUCGCCCGCCUCACUGCGGCGUCGCGGCGUCGGCCCUCCUGCCGCAGCGUCGCAGCGUCGGAGCGUUGCAGCGUCGCCCCGCCUGCCGCAGCGUCGGAGCGUCGCAGCGUCGCAGCGUCGCCCCUCCUUCCGCAGCGUCGGAGCGUCGCAGCGUCGCAGCGUCGCCCCCCGCCCGAAGCGUCGGAGCGUCGCAGCGUGGUGCGCGUGAAUUUGCCGCGGCACCGGGACACGGGCAACCUCAAGGGGGCCGCCUUUGUCGAGCUGAAGACGCUGGAGGUCUUCAACCAAGCUUUAGCCCUGGAUGGAUCCAUCUACAAGGGCGUGAGCCUCACCGUGCGCAGGGCCUCCGAGGGCAAGGGCAAGGGCGAAGGCAAGGGCAAGAUGAGCCGCAAGGAGCAGAAAGAGAAGGAGGACGAGGUCACGAUUGUGGUCAAAGGCUUCCCCAGUGAGGUGGAUGAGACGAUGCUGAGGAACGGCUUCGGAGUGUGCGGCACCAUCGUGCGGGUGUCGCUGCCGAGGGCCAGCGACGGCUUGCCCAAAGGGACGGCCUUCAUUCAGUUCACCACUGACGACAUGGUCCAGAGGGCCUUGGAGCUAGACGGAACUGACAUCUUCAGCACCGGCAACAUCAGUGUUCAUCGAGCAACUGAGAAGAAGGGGGGAAGCAAGAGAGGAGAGAAGAACGAUGACUUCACCGUGGUGGUGCGGGGCUUGCCGGACUGGCUGGGCGAGGCCCAGCUGCGCCAGGACUUCGGGGACUGCGGGCCGCUGCGGCGCGCGUCCAUGCCGAUGGAUGGCGAGGGCAAGGGCAAGGGCUUCGCCUACGUGCAGUACAAGAGCGAUGAGGCGAUGAAGAAAGCUCUGGAGUGGCAUCAGACCUGGUACAAGGGGGUCCAGAUCACCGUGGAGAAGCUAGGGGAAGAGACCAAAGGCCGCGGGCGUGGCCGCGGGCGCCGCGAGAAGAAAGAGAAGCUGCCGGACGGGCCCACCGUGCGGGUGACGGGGCUCAGCGACCAUGUCGACGAGACGAUGCUGAAGCAGGCCUUCGAGCCCUGCGGAGAGGUGGUGGCCUGCAAGGUGCUGGUCAGCGGCAAGGGCCGGUCCAAGGGCAAACCCCGUGGCACAGGUUUGGUGGUUUUUGCCACGGAGGAGGCACAACAAAAGGCCGUCGCCACGAUGGACGAGACGGACCUGGCUGGCCGCAAGAUCAGUGUGAAGGCCGAGGCGGAGGAGGCAAAGCUGGAUUUCAGCGCGCUGGAAGGGGAAGGCGACAAGACUCUGUUGGAGGAGGAGGAUGACGACGAGACUGGGAGAACUUUGACUGGGACGACGAGGACGAAGAUGACGAUGAGGAGGAUUCGGAGGAUUGGGAUGAAGACGAGGACGAAGAUGUACCAGUAG